AUGGCCAGGGCGCUGUGGCUCUGGCUGGUUUGGCUGGUGCUGCUCCGGCCUUGCUUGCAAGAGGAGGUGAAGCCUGCUGAGCCCAGCAACUGCUACCAAAUCCAUUCGGCUGACGGCAGCGUUCAUGAUGUGGGAGAGUUCCUGGAACCAGUGUCCCGGUGGAUCGCAAGCGGCGCCAGACCAGGGGAGGCCGGCUUUGGUCUCGAGAGUCUCGCGGGCAAUGCCGGCAUCGAUGCUGUUCGGGGCGAUGCCAACUCCCCACAAUGCAUCGCAGAGGGCGUGGCAAUUGUGGUUGCGUCUUGCCUCUACGUGGCACAGCCGGACUGCGUCAUCCCGUGGCACGGCUUUGUGGAGCCAUGGGAGUAUCUCGUGAGGAGCCGGAGAUGGUGUGUGAUCUUGGGUUUCAGCAACCAGUGCUGCUGUCAUUGUCUAUAG